AUGACGGCCCGCGCAGUCCAGCAUAGCCAGCACAAGCCCCAGACUCAUCAUCGCGAAAACACCACGGGAGCCUCUCCCCGACAGGCCCCGUCGCCAUCGCCCCAGCACCCCGACCGCGCUCGUGCAGACCCUCACCACCAUCUUGCGCAUCCCUCACAUGCUGGAGGCCCUCCAGCUAUAGCUCGCGGAAGCUCCGCGGCCAUGCCCUCUCGCGUCGAGUCGAAUGGCCCGGCGGCUGCCGGCAAUGGCGGUGCGACGCCGCCCAUGCGAUCUAGACCCGACAUGCGCAGCGCCGGGUCAUCGGGCCACGUCCGAUCCCGCUCCAAUGGCGCUCAGCUCGAUUCGGACUCAUCCGGCGGCAGACGUCCCCUCAGUGCUCCUGGUGACAAGGAGGAACUGACUAUCACAACGACCAACGGCGACACCGACCCAGAGCGGGGCACCCGUCUUGCAAAGCCGCUAUUGCUGCGAUCCAAGAGCGAGCACGGCCUGGUGCGCGAAGAAGUCAUCAACAUCGACCGUGCUGAAGACGAACACUAUGAAUGGGGCGCAAGGCAUGGGUUUGAAGAGCACUAUGAGUCUGAGGACAUCAUCUCCCAACUUGCUAAUAACUGGUACAUGUAUUUUACCGACAAGCGCCACGAGACCACAGGCAAGCCUAAACAGACUACGUUCGAUCUUCAAGACUGGCGCAUGCGAGACCGACUCAAGACCGUGUCGGCUGCUAUUGCCGUCUGCCUGAACAUUGGUGUCGAGCCUCCUGACCAGCUCAAGACAUCGCCCGGUGCAAAACUAGAGGCAUGGCAAGACCCGUCUGUUCCUCCGGUCCAGAAAGCCUUGGAGAACAUUGGGAAAGCCUUGCAAGCUCAGUACGAAACCUUGGCCAUCCGGACUCGCUAUAAGCAAUAUCUGGAUCCGUCGGUGGAAGAGACUAAGAAGUUUUGCAUCUCGCUGCGUCGCAAUGCAAAGGACGAACGGGUCCUUCUGCACUACAACGGACACGGAGUGCCCAAGCCUACUGCGUCUGGGGAGAUCUGGGUCUUCAACAAGAAUUAUACCCAGUACAUUCCAGUGUCGUUGUACGAUCUACAGCAUUGGCUUCAAGCACCCACGAUAUUUGUAUGGGACUGCUCCGAGGCGGGCAAUAUCCUCAACAACUAUCAUCGCUUUGUCGAGAAGCAUGAGCAAGAAGAGGAUGAGGCGGCAGCUCUCGAUCCCAACUACGAAAAGACGAAUUUCCGCCCAUACAUCCACCUCGCCUCCUGUGCUGUCAAGGAAAAUCUGCCCACGAACCCCUUACUGCCCGCGGACCUGUUCACGUCGUGUCUCACAACCCCAAUAGAGAUGGCCCUGUGGUUUUUCGUCUUGCAGAAUCCUCUCAAGACGAACCUGACUCCCGAGCGGGCGAAGAAACUCCCAGGUCGUCUGCAAGAGCGACGUACCCCCCUGGGAGAGCUCAAUUGGAUCUUCACCGCCAUUACCGACACCAUUGCCUGGACGACAUUGCCCAGACAUGUUUUCCGCAAGUUCUUCCGGCAGGACCUUAUGGUGGCCGCGCUUUUCAGGAACUUCCUGCUCGCUCAGCGCGUCAUGUCGGUCUACGGGUGUCAUCCUCAAUCGUAUCCCGAAUUGCCAGACACAAGGCAGCACCCGCUUUGGGAAGGCUGGGAUCUCGCUGUCGACCAGGCUCUCGCUCAACUCCCGAUGCUGGAGAGAAAGGAGACAGAAAAUCUCGACUACGAAUAUCAGAACUCGACCUUCUUUACCGAGCAGCUGACGGCCUUUGAGAUAUACCUAACCAGAGGUGACGCCUUGUCCCAGAAGCCCCCUGACCAGCUGCCCGUCGUCUUGCAAGUUCUGCUCAGUCAACAACACCGAGUGCGGGCCCUCAUCCUCCUGGGCCGGUUCCUCGAUCUUGGGCCGUGGGCAGUCCAACUGGCCUUGAGCAUAGGCAUCUUCCCUUAUGUGCUGAAGUUGCUGCAGUCCGCUGCUGCUGAGCUCAAACCGGUCAUGGUCUUUAUCUGGACUCGGGUUCUGGCUGUUGACAUCUCUUGCCAGCAGGACUUGAUCAAGGACAGUGGUUACAACUACUUCGCGUCCAUUCUCAAGCCCUCAGAAAACCUGCCUGUAUCUAACAGUGACGAGCACAAGGCAAUGUGCGCAUUCAUAUUGGCUAUGCUCUGCAAAGGGUACAAACCUGGCCAGACCGUUUGCAACCAGACCGACAUCAUGACCUUCUGCCUGAUGCAUUUGACCAACGAGGAAAAUCCCCUCUUGCGGCAAUGGUGCUGCCUUUGCAUCAGCCAGCUCUGGCAGGAUCUGCCAGAGGCGAAAUGGCGUGGGAUCAGAGAGAACGCCCCAACGAAACUCUCCAACCUGAGCAGGGACCCUGUGUGUGAAGUAAGGGCGGCUAUGCUCCACGCGAUGACCACUUUCUUGGGCAUACCGGACCUUACCGACGAAGUUGCCCGCAUUGAAGAGUCGGUGGCGUGGACCUUGCUUGACAUGGCCAACGACGGCAGUGCCAUGGUGCGCAAGGAACUGCUCGUAUUUCUAUCUCAUUUCGCCCUUCGCUACGAGAAUAAGUUCCUCGUUGCUGCUUACGAGCACCUCCUCGAGGAGAAGGAGUACAUUCUGCACCCCCCUAGGGACGACGGUCUGGAGCACAAGCUGGGCUUGCACUAUGCACGCCCAGAAAAUCGCAACAGGGAUGGCACGAUCAAGCCCACCGCUCAUGGCAUGUCACACAAUACCAUUUUUGCAGCGUGCUGGAAACACAUCAUGAUCUUGACUGUGGAUCCUCACACCGAGGUGCAGAGCCACGCGACUAUCAUUGCUGACUUCAUCCACAACGCCCUGCUGCAUUCGUCAGUCGGCGCCCAGGCGCAAAACCUUAUGGAUGACAUCCAGAGGAGAGUCAAGCGUGCCAUGUCGAAAGCACAGUCGCUCUCGUCGCAGAGGAGCAACAUCUCCCACGUCGCCAACGGUGACGGCGUGAUGCCCCCGCAGUCGCCUGGUCUGAUCCGCAGAACAGUGAGCUCGCUGUUCUCGCCCUUCUUCAACGUCGACACGCCCACCACCCCUACCACACCCGGGCCGCCUUCACCGGCUCUCUACCGGACUGCUUCCCAGAGAAGUAAAAAGAGUAUUGACUGGCCCGCAGCCGCGGAGCAGAACGACCAGGACAGGUCUGCCGACGCCUAUCACACCGUACGGGAGCCUGUGUCGCCUGGGUUCGAAAGCAGGGAUAGGAGAGAACUGCCAGCGCUGCCGCUGCCGAGCACCUUUCUCGACUGGUCUAUUGAGUACUUCCGGGAGCCUCAGAUGAAGGCAAGUGAGGCCGAGGAACCCGGCAGUACCGAAUACAAUGAGCGCUUGUGGCGCCGAUCAAGGAACGAGGGUGUCAUCAGAGAGACUCAGCCGCAGAAAGCCCACGCGGGAUCACACAAGUGGAAUGAUCAAUUCAGCAUCAUUAACAAUGGCGCUCAACCGGCAAAGCUGACCUUCCACCAGUUUGAGGACCACCUUGCCGUUGCCGACAAUGGCAACACUAUUAACAUCUGGGACUGGAAGAAGCACCACAGGUUAAGCAGCUUCUCCAACGGCAACCCAGAGGGUUCCAAGAUCAGCGAUAUGAAAUUUAUCAACGAGGAUGAUCAGGCGUUCCUGAUGACAGGGACGUCGGACGGCGUUAUCCGUGUUUACCGCAACUACGACUCGGAUCUGAAGAUUGAGCUGGCUUCCGCAUGGAGAGCGCUCACCCACCUGGUACCCAGCAAUGUCAACUCUGGGAUGGUCUUUGACUGGCAGCAAGUCAGCGGCACCGUCAUCGUGGCCGGCGACGUCCGGGUUAUCCGCCUCUGGAACGCCGGGCACGAGACCUGCGUGACGGACAUACCGGCUCGAUCUGGGUCAUGCGUGACGUCACUGACGUCAGACCAGAUGACGGGCAACAUCUUUGUGGCCGGAUUUGGCGACGGUGCGGUGCGGGUGUUUGACACUCGGUGCAGGCCGCAGGAGGCGAUGGUCAGGAAGUGGAAGGACGACUCCGACCGGGUCUGGGUCAAGAGCGUGCACAUGCAGCGCGGCGGCCAGCGAGAGCUCCUGUCGGCGAGCCGCAACGGAAAGGUGAAGCUCUGGGACAUCCGGAUGGACAGCCCUCUUCACACCUUCCAGACCACGAGGGAUCACCUGCGGACCGCGAGCACCCAUGAGCAUCUGCCCGUCUUUGCCGUUGGCACGUCUGCGCACAGCGUCAAGGUCUUCAAUUUCGACGGCAAGCUCCUGUCGCGCAUCGAGCCCUAUUCCAACUUCCUGCAGAACCGAGGCUCGCCGAUCUCGGCCACGGCCUUCCAUCCCCAUCGCGAGGAGACAUCUCUCCGAAUACAACACCAAAUCUUCAAGAAGGCACAAAUGCCAUGCGCAGGGCCCGCAGAGCGCAUCAUGAGCUUCAAGCGGGAGUUUGACUCCCAGUCGGCGACAGACGAGGAGGCUGCCGCAAAGCCCCCAAAGAAACAGCGCAUGCAUGACGGCGCCUCAAACGGGAAAGGCAAACACCACAGCUCGGCGCCGACGACAGACCUCACAUAUGGCCAGCGCUACGUGUUCUCCAGCUUGGACGAGCCAACAGUUCCCUACGGCGAAGACCUCGAGUUUGAGGAUGAGCAAGACGCUCUAGCAUAUCUCAAAGCUGUACGACAAGAAGCUGGCGGUAUCCCUCACCUACUCGUGGCCGCGAAGGCUGGCCCACAGCUACCCCCCCGGCCGGGGCCAGACGAGCUUUGCUACGACGAGGAAGAUGUAGAUCGAGCAUUGUACGAUACCGGAUUAGGGGACACAAGGGGUUACUAUUUCGACGGCACGUACACGGCUGCCCCUGGUCCAGAGUCCGAGGAUGGACUGUUGUCUGAGGGGGAAGCCGGGGAUGAGAAGCGCAUAUACGAAGCAUACUACUCAUCCAUCAUACACCGAUUCAACCAGCUGCGCGACCUCCUGCAUCAGGACCCGCCCGCUUCGGCCCUCUCCGCUCUGUCGUCAGAACACGCCACGAACGUCGGCCCCUCGGCCCCUCGAUCACAGUCGUUCCUGGUCUGGCGGGGCCGCCUGCUCCGGACCGAUCCGCUGCCGGCGCAGGUUGCGGCCAUGGACAAGGAGAGCAUCCUGUGGCUGCUGCGCGUCAUCCUGAACGGCAAGCUCAUGCAGCGCGGGUCUCACCUGCGCGAGCGGACGAGCCGGUGGCUGUGGGCCCUGCUAGCCCGCCUGCCUGACCGGGGCGAGCUCGAUCACACGGAUGUCGGCUGGGUGCGGGAACUGGGCAAGCGGGCGGUGCUGAUGAUGACGAGCAUCGCGCAGAUGGCGGCGCUCAGAGAGCAAGUCGAGCUCGACGAAGGGGGCCGAGACGAUGACGAGGAUGGUCUUGACGACGAUCCUGUCAAGCAAGAACGCGACGAGGAUGAAGCUGAAAUCAAAGGGGAGGCGGACGGCGAUGCUGAGGAGAUAGAGACUUGCUCGGUGGGGAGUGCGCCCAUGGAGGACUCGGCGUCUGAAGGAGGGGAAGUGCUCGUCGGACCUGCCCCUGUGACCCAAGAUGCCGAAGCUGACAUUGAGGCCGCAAAGGCUCGACUGCUCGCUAGGCUCGACGCGGUCGAGGAUACGCCGCCCGAGCCGGGCUUCGUCCCGGUCACAGAACCAGAGAUCCCAACGCCGGCGCCGCCAUCGCAGCCCUCGACGCACGAGGUGGGCGGCGGCGGCGAUGACGUGCCGUUCGACGCGGCGCGGGCCCGCAUCAACAUGAGGGCCACGCUGAACAUGAUCCUUACGGUCGCGGGUGAGUUUUACGGGCAACGGGAUCUGCUAGAGUUUCGCGACCCGUUUCCAGGUUUGUAG